ACAAAUUGGUUAACGCAUCAUGCUUUUAUUUUGUAAAACCUUAACAGGAAGUGUGUGAUUUCUCUCCCCUCAUGGUGAGGGGGGUGGGGUGCGGGGGGUGUAUUUCCAUUUAAUAAUCCACAUCUCAGUCCCUGAGAGCUGCAGCACGGAGCCACAUUUCCCCUGAAACUGAAGAAAAACAGCCACAUCAAACCGAGCCGAGCAGAGGAAACUCCACCAGUCUUUCCUGUUUGAGGUCAAAGUCCAGCAGUCAUCAUGGCCGACGAAUCAGACAUGCGCAAUGAGCUCGCAGACCUGCAGACACGCGCUGACCAAGUAGCUGAUGAGUCCCUGGAGAGCACUCGGCGUAUGCUGGCUCUGGUCGAGGAGAGUAAAGAUGCCGGCAUCAGGACUCUGGUCAUGUUGGAUGAGCAGGGAGAGCAACUUGACCGUGUGGAGGAGGGCAUGAACAAGGUGAACGCAGACCUGAAGGAUGCCGAGAAAAAUUUAAAAGAUGUAGGACAAUGCUGUGGGCUGUUGCCCACUGUAUGCCCCUGUAUUGAAAAGAUCAAGGGCGGGGGCCAGGCCUGGGGGGCCAACCAGGACGGAGUGGUGAACAGUCAGCCAGGAGCCCGAGUCAUGGACGAGCGCGAACAGAUGGCCAUCAGCGGGGGCUUCAUCCGCAGGGUAACGGAUGACGCCCGGGAGAACGAGAUGGACGAGAACCUGGAGCAGGUGGGCGGGAUCAUCGGGAACCUGCGUCACAUGGCUCUGGAUAUGGGCCAGGAGAUCGACACCCAGAACCGCCAGGUCGACAGGAUCAUGGAGAAGGCUGACUCCAACAAGACCCGGAUUGACGAGGCCAACCAGCGUGCUACAAAGAUGUUGGGCAGUGGCUAAGCUGCGGAGAAAAGUGCUUUUAACCCUCUUUAACCCCCCCACUCACCCUGAAAAAUUAUCAACACCAACCAAACCCAGCCCAGACCCCCCCCAACACCGAGGCCCAGCGCCCACUUCCCAAUGCUCGACAGCAGGCGCUGCAAAACCAUGCUUUUAUUGUGAAACUUGUAGAGGUUUGCACACAUGCACAUAUCAUAAUAUCCUCUGCCCUCCCCCCGCUCAUCUCAAUCAUGCCCUUCACUCCCCCCCCACCUCCCCAUUCGUUGUCAAUGUUGUUCUGUGUUGUCGCUCUUUUGAUUCUGUUCAGAAAUGAUAGUUCUGUCUCACAUCGACCACCGUCUCCACUCUGUACAUAGUGCUUCUUAUGGAGCUUCUAGAUCCUGUCUGCUUCAUCAUUUUUUUUUUAAGUCUGUGUGUAAUAUAAACUGUAUGUCCCCCCCCCCAGUGUCAGUAUAUGUGAUGCUACACAUGAUAAGGCCACAGUGAUUUGCAUUGAAUAUAGUGAAGUCCUCACAGCUCGUCAAACACAAAGUCAAUAACUGUGCCGGUACUCGGUCUGAGCUGUCUGGAGAAACACAUGGCUUUCUGUUCCUGACUGUUAGUGCAUUACUGUUUUAAAAACUCUAUUGAUGGGGCAGUAUUAACACAGUUUGAUGCCAUUGAUUGUAUAAUAUAUAUCUUUUUCCUCAGGGAGCUAAAUCGGACCAUUCAAAAGCGAGGGUUGAAUAUUUAAUUGAUUUUUUGUAAUUCAUUAAAUCUGCAUCAUGAGGCUCAGUGCAUAACAGUUGCAUUUGUUGAUGGGACAAACCAUCAGGAAAAUAUUGGGCAUUAACAUUAAUAGCUAACAUUUUGAUUGGUAAGAAAGGGUGGUGGUGCUUUGCAAAAGGUCAUAGUUCAAGUACAACCUUUGCAAAGUCACACGGUGGGUCACAACCUCUUUACAUCCCAGCUUUACCCACAGUUCAACCCUAGCAAUAUCUAGUGCAUUAAGUGUGUUAUGCAUGUCCAUGUUCUGCAAGAAGACGCUGAAUAAUUCAUUUGUUCAGACAAAAAUAUCCUAAUAUGGCAAACGCAUGCUACAUAUUUAGGCCACAGAUAAGAGAGGUUCAUAUUUAUCUGCAAUAUAGUGCCACUCUUUUUUUGUUUCAUGUCUUCUUAACCUUUCCAGACUGUGAUGAUCACUGUAAAAUAAAACCUUGGAAAAUGCCAAUAAAUCCAUCAUAACUGUAGGACCAAACUGA